ACGAUCUCGGCGGCACUCCGUCGUAGUGGGGAAGACUAACCCACGAGGGGUUGCGGAGGGAACGAGCGUGGACGAGCGGUUAUUUCAAGCGACGACUCUUCUGGCACUUCGCCCCGAGCUUUCCUCGUGCACGUCCUCCUCUCGGAGUAGCGCUGCCACGAGUGCCGUCAGUGUCGCGACGUCGAAGCCUCGAGGAGACCGAGACUUAGACAGAGAAAGAGAAAGAGAGAGAGAGAGAGAGAGAAAACAGGCAAUCAGAGAGCACAGGAGCCGUGCGCGUCGAAAUAAAAAAUAAUAACAAGUCGCCGAUCGAUCGAUCGAUCGAUCGAUCGAUCAGUUAAACGAGUUUGUUAACCGAUAAUCUCGAGCCAGUAUCGGUGACACAGUGACAAGAGUCUUCCGAGGGUGAUAGUCACGGUGUCAGUGUGUGGAUGGACCGUUUUGUGUUUCGGUGAGACGAUUAAGAGACACGCGAGAACGAGAAAACAGUCGCGGGUUAAGACAAAUUUUCGAGGAACUCUCUCUCUCGUCUUCGGGAGAGCCAAAGGAUGAAACGCGCGUGGAAAAGAGGAGCAAAGGAGGAUCUGUAACGACGACGCGCCGCUGUCCGACGCGUCGGCCUGAAAUAACAGCGGGAAUGCGUGCACAGUGAAUCAGCUCUCGUUCGUUCCUCAGCGGACGCGAAUCUUCUCUCGGCGGUGACUCCGGCACACGCACUUCUUCUCGCCACCCCUCCUCCCUCUCUCGCGUGCUCAACCCUUUCUCGGUCAAGUGCGGUGCGUCGCGUCGGUGCGUGGCUCGCGAUCGGCGCCGGUGCUCGGCAAGGGUGAGAAAGAGAGAACUGAGGUUCCUGAGAGCGGAUUGAGAAAAGCCAGAAACGCCAGAAGCGUCGCAGACGGAGAAGUCGGAGCGGGGGAGGGACGAAGGGAGUUUUCGAGACGCCGCCGAAGGAGUUUUCUCGGAAAGGAGAUCGCGAGCAUCGCAACACAGAAGUCACUCAUGUCGAAAUUACACUAAUUACGUCUAUCCAGUGUCGAGCGAGUCGAAAUGGCGACGAAGAUUUUUAUAAUCUUCGGGAUCCUUGCUAUCCUGGACAUCGGACUUGCGGAUCCACGAUUGGUUUGCUUAGAUGAAAUUAAUAGCGACAUUGUGGCAUUCAUGAGCGAGAAGCUAUAUCUGCGUUGCUUAAAAGACGAGGCUGAUACGACAUGGUAUAAGGAUGACGAGAUGUUCCGUCCGAGAUGGAACUCUAGGAUACGUGUGAACAAACAAAACUUGAAGAUCAGAUUCGUCAAAAUGGAGGACGCGGGAGUCUACAGUUGUAGAUUGACGUCGAACGAGACCAUCGAAUGGAGGAACGUGACCGUACGCGUCGAGCCUCCGCAGAACGAUGGUUUCCAGGAGGAGGGCGAGGACAAGAGCGGCGCGAUGAACGGGAUGAUGAAACCGGAAGAUAAGGGCAAUACUCUCGAGAUGGAAACCAGAAACUUGCCCGAGACGCGAUCGUUGCAGUUGGACAGCGAAAAAUUGGACGCGGACGUGGACGACGAGAAGGUGGAGAACGUCACGCAGGGGGAGCGCAACAACACGAUGCCGGAAAGCCCGCCUUACUUCAACAAGUCUCAAGAGAUGCACCCGUUGGUGGUGAAGCCUGCCGGCAGCGCGUUGCGAUUGAGAUGCUCGAGCGCGGGGAAUCCCACGCCGAACAUCACGUGGCUGAAGAACGACGAGGUGCCGAAGCGGGAGCUCGGAUCCGUGAUCAUGACCAAAUGGAUGUUGAAGAUGGAGGAUCUCGUUACCAAGGACGUUGGCAAUUACACAUGCAUCGUGUGCAAUUAUCUUGGCUGCAUCAAUCAUACUUACAAAGUCGAUAUUGUCGAGAGAGUAGCGCAUCGACCGAUCCUCACAAGAGCGCCAAGAAAUACCACGGUGCUUAUCGGAAAAAACGUUACUUUAACCUGCCAAGUACUGUCUGAUGGGCAUCGUCACCUCGAAUGGUAUCAUGGUCGUCACACUUCUUUCGACACCGUCAACAAAACCAAUCAGAGCUUACGGGUGGAGGUCAAGGCUGGAAUGGACACAGAAAAUCCGGACGAGCUGAGACUAUAUAACGUAACGGAAAAAGACGAGGGAUGGUACACGUGUAUUGCUCAGAACACUUUAGGGGAAACGUUUAGUAGCGCUUAUUUAAAUGUAGUCGAGUCGCUCGAGCAAAAAGUACCGCUGGCCGCGAGACCGCAAAUCUUGGUGAACGUUCUGGCUGGCAUUCUAUGCGUGUUCUUCGCCGUGGGUGUCGUCGUGGUGAUAUACAUCUUCCAUCGAUUGAAACGCGAGAAGAUGAAGAAGCUGCUCGCGAUAGAGACGGCACGUGCGGCAGUCGUGACGCAAUGGAAGAAGAAGGUGGUAGUGGAGAAGCAGAAACUGGCGAACGCGCAGAAUGCAAUCGAGGAGGAGCUGCUGCUGCCGGUGGUGAAGAUCGAGAAACAAAAGUCCACCGUAAUCGCCGAGGAGAAUAGCAACGACAACGUGUCCGAGUAUGAAUUGCCGUUGGACAGCACUUGGGAAUUGCCGAGGGAAUAUUUUACGCUUGGAAAUACUCUGGGCGAAGGAGCUUUCGGCAAAGUCGUUAGGGCUGAAACGAAUACCGGAAAACCAGGACUACCUAGCGUCGUCGCGGUGAAAAUGUUGAAAGAGGGUCAUACAGAUACCGAGAUGAUGGAUCUGGUUUCGGAGAUGGAAAUGAUGAAGAUGAUCGGAAAGCACGUGAAUAUCAUCAAUCUCCUGGGUGCGUGUACUCAGAACGGUCCUCUGUACGUCGUGGUGGAGUUCGCUCCUCACGGCAAUCUACGAGACUUCCUCCGAGAUCACAGACCCUCUUCGGGAUACGAACCGGCCAUCGGGCAAGAGCCGAAGGAACGGAAGACCCUCACGCAAAAGGAUCUAGUCUCGUUCGCAUAUCAAGUGGCGCGUGGGAUGGAGUACCUGGCCAGCAGGAGGUGUAUACACAGGGACCUGGCUGCUAGGAACGUCCUCGUCAGCGACGAGUACGUGCUGAAGAUCGCCGACUUCGGUCUCGCCAGAGACAUUCAUUGCCACGACUACUACAGAAAGACAACGGAUGGACGGUUACCGGUGAAGUGGAUGGCCCCAGAAGCUCUAUUCCAUCGGGUUUACACCACUCAGUCUGACGUAUGGUCGUACGGGAUUCUGUUGUGGGAGAUCAUGACGAUGGGCGGUACGCCUUACCCGUCCGUGCCAUCGGUCGAGAAAUUAUUCCAGCUACUUAGAACGGGUCAUCGAAUGGAGAAGCCGCCCUGCUGCUCGAUCGACAUAUACAUGCUCAUGAGGGACUGUUGGAGUUAUCAGCCGAACGAGAGACCGACGUUUGUCGAGUUGGUCGAGGAUCUCGAUAGAAUAUUAACGAUAACAGCGAACGAGGAAUAUCUGGAUCUCGGACUGCCCCAAUUGGACACGCCUCCGUCCAGCCAGGAAUCCAGCGACACGGAAAACGAGGAAGGCGAAGAAAGUUUUCCACAUCUCUUAUAAACCGUGUAUUCAUCACGAAGAAUGUCACUUAGACUUCGCACAGACGAGAUACUUGAAACGAUUACAGUCGACCGGAUAAAGCAUCCUACAGAAGCGAGUCGACGAGAGAUAAAGAGACGAAGAAAUUCGAGCGUGAGAGAUUCGCAGGAGAAUAAUCGACUGAGACACAAGCGAAGAAACACGCCAAAUAAAAUAAAUCAGUAUUGACCCGUGUGUAGCGCGUGAAAUUAAGAAUGAAUCGCGAAAGGGUAACAUAUGUCGACAGCAAGUAUUUGCGUAUUGACAAAACUGGAUAUCCUAAGUUGCUAUCCUAAAGUUGCUAUUAUUUCUCAUCAAUUGACAUAUGUUAGGUCUAGGAUGAACGUGAAAGAAACGAAAUUUAAGGCUAUGUGAAAAUUGACACUGUCUCUUGACGCGCUAACGCAGAGAAAGCGGAUUUGUUGCUUAUACAAAUCUUAUAUAUAUUCAUAAGUGUAAUAAUUGUGCCAUGAAUCAGUGCCUUGUAAAGGUAUCGACAAUAAAUGAAGAAAUAAGUUCACGGGGAUUCAUUGAAUCGCAUA